CCGGACUCCAGGCGCCAUGUGGCGGGGCAGCCGCUGGCUGCGAGGGCUGGUGCUGCCGGCGGCGAGGGGGUUGCGGCUGCGCCCUGCAGGGGCGGCCUCGGGGGCCGCUGGGCGCUGCGCUCCCUGCUGGGCAGGGCUGGCGGGGCGGGCCCUCGGCGGCGGGCCCAGCGCGGAGCUGCGGGCGGGCGGAGGAGCCGAGCAGGAGCACAGGGCCCCAGAUCAUGGACUUUCCAAGUUCAGUAUUGAUUUUAUCAUAGCUCUACUGAGGCAAGAAAAUGCUAGCAACAUUUGUGUUAUCCAGGUGCCUCCAGAAAUGAAAUACAGUGAUUAUUUUAUAAUUGUGAGUGGAUCUUCUUCAAGACACCUCCAUGCAAUGGCACACUACAUGCUGAAAAUGUACAAGCAGCUGAAACAAGAAAAAGAUCCUCACAUUCAGAUUGAAGGGAAAGACACAGAUGAUUGGAUGUGCAUUGAUUUUGGUAGCAUAGUGAUCCAUUUCAUGCUUCCAGAGACACGAGAGAUUUAUGAGUUGGAAAAGUUAUGGACUCUCCGUUCUUAUGAUGACCAGUUAGCACAGAUGGUUCCAGAGUCUUUACCAGAAGACUUCAUAUUUGGACUUACUCACCAGCAGCACUGAUGAAAAUCUUUCCUUCAUGAAAGGAGUACAUACAAAUAAUGCAGUUAGAGCACUCACCACUUCAGGAUUAAAAGAGUGGAACAA